AUGUCGAAGUUAUUAUCAAUAUUAUUGCUGAUUAUAUUAUUAAUAGAUAAUGUUAAUUGUUAUGGUUGUGAUUGUUCAUGUUGUAUAGGUUGUGGUUGUUCAUUAGUUUAUCAAGGAACAAUAUCAGUAUCAACAUGUGCUUCAACAACAUGUACAGAUGCUUGUAAAUCAAAAUAUAGUACUUGUUUAUUGGGAUCAUCAAGUGCUGUUUGUUCCGCUAGAAGCUUUUUUCAAUUUCAUUCAAUUUUAUUUUUAAUUAUUUCAACAAAUAUAUUUAGUGUUAUAUUUCAACAAUUAAAUUAA